UCAAGUCUGUGCGUUCAAGAAGCCCAAAGCCUUGCGCCAUGGCUGACGAGAUAGCGAAAGCGCAGGUUGCCCAGGCAGGAGGAGAUACAAUCUUCGGGAAAAUCAUUCGCAAGGAGAUUCCUGCAAAUAUAUUAUUUGAAGAUGAUCAGUGCAUAGCCUUCCAUGAUGUCGCCCCCCAGGCCCCAACUCAUUUUCUGGUGGUGCCGAAGAGGCAGAUCGUGCAGCUGUCUAGAGCAGAGGACAGUGAUGCUGCUCUGCUGGGUCACCUCAUGAUCGUGGCGAAGAAGUGUGCCGAGCAGGUGGGCCUUUCCAAGGGAUACCGGCUGAUCGUGAACGAGGGUCCCGACGGAGGCCAGUCCGUCUAUCACAUUCACAUACACGUGAUAGGAGGACGCCAGCUGGGAUGGCCCCCCGGCUAACUGGCCCAGCGGGCCAUUGCCACGCCAGUGCAUUGUCUCCAGUCAGUGUCAGUCUGUCAUGUUGACCUAAUGGGAAAAUACAUCAACGGUCAAUAAAUGCACUACACAAGCGCCA